AUGCUUCUCUUCAAAAAUAUUUUUCCCCUUAAUACAAGGGAACCAACUAAGUUAUUUUCUAAAAAUUAUAUUUCUCCUGGCUUUGAUUAUAAAAUUUCAACAUUUUUGAAUGAAAAAAGAAUAGCAAAAAUAUGUUCGUCUUCAUUUUUUUCUUCUCCUCAUGAGCAACAUGUUUCAAUUAAAGCAGUCACUAAUGUCGCAACCAUAACCAUGGAGGACAAAAAAGAAAUUAUAGCUCAAAAAGCCAAUAACGGUAUAGGGAUUCUUGAGUUUUAUGAAGGGAAGAACAUUCUUGUUACUGGUGCUACAGGGUUCCUUGCAAAAGCUUUGAUUGAAAAGAUGCUGCGAACAAUAUCAAAAAUAAACAAGAUCUACAUACUCAUCAGGGCAAAGGAUAAAGGAGCUGCAUUUGACAGAUUAACAAGUGAAAUUAUAGAGUCAAAAUUAUUCAAAUGCUUAGAAGAAAUGCAUGGCGAAUAUUAUAAGCCAUUCAUACUAAGCAAAAUCGUUCCUGUGAUUGGAAAUAUAUAUGAGCCAAAUCUUGGUAUGGAUAUUAUUGAUGCUCAACAAAUUGCUGAAGAAACUGAUUUGAUCAUUGACUCUGCAGCAAACACUACAUUUGAUGAGAGGUAUGAUUUAGCUCUUGAUGCUAAUGUGAAUGGUCCAUAUCAACUCAUGAUGUUUGCCAAGAAAUGCAAGAAACUUAAACUUCUUAUGCAUUAUUCCACAGCUUAUGCCAAUGGAGAAAGAGAAGGGUUAAUCUUGGAGAAACCUUUUACCAUGGGAGAAAGCAUAACAAAGGAAAAAGUCACUUCAAUUUCUCCCUUUACUAAUUUUCCUUUACUGCAUGCUGACAAUGAAAUGGACUUAGUCUCAAAAUUGAAGAACAAUAUUUCAAACAUUGGCUUGGAGCAAAUAAUGAAGAGUUUAGGAGUUGAAAGGGCAAAGUUGUAUGGAUGGCAAGAUACAUAUGCAUUCACAAAGGCAAUUGGUGAAAUGAUGAUAAAUAGCAUGAGAGAGGAAAUACCAAUACUUAUUCUUCGUCCCUCAAUGAUAACAAGUAGUUAUAAAGAACCUUUUCCAGGAUGGAUACAAGGAUUCAGGGUAAUCGACCCUUCAGUUUUUCUAUAUGGAAAAGGGGACCUCCCAGGAUUCCUCGGUGAUCCAGAUACUCUUCUUGAUGUGGUUCCAGUUGAUUUGGUUGUAAAUGCAACAAUUGCUGCUAUUGCAAAGCAUGGAUAUUUGCAAACUCCAGAGCUAAAUGUCUAUCAUUUAGCAUCAACAUUUGUGAAUCCUUUUUCAUUAUAUCAACUUUUCAACUCUUGCUAUGAAUAUUUCAAUUCAUUUCCUUUUGUUAACUCAAAAGGAGAUAAAAUUGAGGUUAAGGAGAUGAAAUAUUUUUACAAUAUAUCAGACUUUUCAAAUUACAUUUUGGAGGAACUAUCCAAGCAGCAUAGAAUACAAGAUCUAACUGAAAAAGAGUUAUUGAAGAUUCAAAUGCGACUUAAAAGGAAAGUGCAAUAUUUGAAGCACUUCAUGAAGCUCUAUGAACCAUAUGCUUUCUACAGAGGAUGGUUUCACAUUGGCAAUAUGAGGAAUUUAAUGGAAGAGAUGUCUGAAGAAGAGAGAAGAAGCUUUGACACUGAUGCAUCAAAGAUAAAUUGGAGAGAUUACUUAACAGGAAUUCACAUUCCUGGUGUGAGAAAAAAUGUAUUGGAAGGCAAAAGAGUACCUAUGUAGGGGAAAGAUAAAAUUAACAUUAUGUUGUCCUUGUGUCACUAGGGGUGUACAAGAGUUGGUCUGAUUUGGUUUUUAUCAAAACCAAACCAAAUCUAUUAUAUCGGUUUGAUCUGUUCGAUUUUAUCGAUUUUUUCAGUUUUAUUUGAAUGCCUCUA